AUGUACUCGCAGAUCGUCCAAGGACACGGCUACGGCUACGGGCCGGGUCCACUCAUCCAGGAGGGCUAUGAGCAGGGCUACGACCACUACUACGGCGGAGGAGGAGGAUAUGGCUAUGGGUAUCAGCAGGGGCCGCCACCAGGAGCUUACGGCUACUAUCCUCCACCUGCUGGCUACUAUCCACACAGGCCACAGGAACCCUACCCAGGCCACCCACCCAGGGAUCGGGGCUACAGUCAGGACUAUGGAAGAUCAGUUGGAAGAGUUGGAACACCUGCAUCCACUGGCGGCUACAAGCAGCGGGGUUACUAG